AUGCAAGUGGUCUGGAGUCAGGAGUUUGCUGGACAAGACAGUCGCAUACAGCAAUUGUCGCUUGUGACAGGUGAACAGUCCUCUGUUUCGUCUUUGAUGUUGGUCACCACUGACAAUGUACGGACCGAUGUAGACAAAUUGAAUUAUUCAGAUGAUGCAGCAAUUCGAACUAUUUCUAUUCAAGUGGGCACACAAUGCUUCCCUGAAGGUAAAUCGAUUUCCAAUGGUUCCGAACACUCUGGAGUGGUCUCUACUAUAGACCCUGAGAUGUAUGCUCUUUCGCAAAGGAACAAGGACUUUAACGACAUCAAGUUUGCGCCAACGAUGACUGAUUUGAAAGGAUGGACUCUAGAAGGCAAAAAGAUACAGCAUUGGUCAUGGAGACAAAAUUUCAAGCAAACUCCCGACAUGAUUGGCGGAGGACUUCAGACUCUAGCUGAUGGACAUAUUCUCAUCAAUGUCUCUCAGUAUCCCAAUCCUCCGGAAGUGGCACCAGAUUUCACCGGUGCUUCUAUCCCAACUUUCAAGGACAAGACAUUCCAUGUUUUCUGGACCACAGACCAUGAGAUGUGCAUCGACCGUGACGGUGUGCGAUUGCUUCCGGCUUAA